AUGGAAGAUCGCCCACCUGGUUUUAGAUUCUACCCAACAGAAAACGAAUUGGUUUCGUUUUAUCUGCAUAACAUGCUAGAAGGAAGGAGACAAGAUCUCGACCGGGUUAUACCUGUUGUCGAUAUCUACGAGUACAACCCAUGGGACCUCCCACUAUUUGCAGGAGAGUUUUGUCAAGGAGACACUGAGCAGUGGUUCUUCUUCAUCCCUAGACAAGAGAAAGAGACCCGUGGAGGAAGACCAAAUAGGCUCACGGCUUCCGGAUACUGGAAAGCUACUGGAUCUCCGGGGUCUGUUUUCUCCGAUAAUAAUCGAAUAAUUGGAAUGAAGAAAACAAUGGUUUUCUACACAGGAAGAGCUCCAAGUGGAAGGAAGACUGAAUGGAAGAUGAAUGAGUAUAAAGCCAUUAAAGGAGAAGCUUCUUCAUCAACUAGUACAACUCCAAAGUUAAGACAAGAAUUCAGUUUGUGUCGAAUCUACUUAAAAUCAAAAUCCUUGCGAGCAUUUGAUAGACGACCUCCAGGACAAGUGAUGAGAGGUGAGGCAAUAGUUCACCAACCUCAUCAUGGCAACGAGGCAACGACAUCAUCACUUCAAAACCAAUCAAUGAGGGAGAGAACAAGCUCACCGGAUAGCUCAUCCUCCGGAGACCAUGCCAAUCCCUCUCAAAACAUGGAAAAAGAUUGCUGGGAUGUGCCUGCUGAUAAUGAUGUUUUUUGUGACUGGGAACAGUUCAAUUGGUUUGAGUGAAGUCAUGAAUAACAGAAUUGGAGAGGAUCUGCAGCUCAGAUGAUCAAGCAACCAACAAUGGUGAAACUAUCACCAAAACUUGAUAAAGACAGCUAACAACUUAGUAAUGGUAAACAAAUGUCCCUUUAAACGCAAGAACAGUCAUCUUUGAAUCGGUUUACAUAUAUUCGCUUACUUACGAUGUUCCCCUCAGCUCAUUCUAGCCAGUACAAUUUCAUCUGUCAGGAGAUGGAGUCAUCUUGUUUAGUAUAAAGUUUUUAUGUGUAACAGGUGUGCUUUGAGGGACACCUUUUGCUCUUCUAAUGUAAGCAGGUUAAGCAUUAAGUGUAGGAAACCUAAUUACUGAUAUGUUCAAUGUCUUGUAUUUAAUAUUAUGUAAUUCUGUCAUGGAGAAUGUAUCUUUUUGGGUUUUCCUUCUCUUUAAGGAAAUG